AUGAGUGGCAACUCAGAAGAUGUGGAAGGAGAGCAGCCGCAUCCCGCCAGAAACGAAACUCUCACACAUAUAUUGUACGCACAAGAAGCUGUCGGAGACGACAAAAAAGAUUCAGCCAUCAUUGACUUAAUCGUCGAUCAAUUCAAGCAAGAGAACAUUGGAAACAUCCUGGCCAAUCCAGCCAUUGCUUCAAUCGGUCCUUCAAGAAUCAAACAAGUGGUUCUCGGUCCAAAACACAUCGGAGUGUUGUUAGAUGACAACAAUGUCUGCAGAAUUUCAUACCAUCUUUUGCAAGUUCAAGUCGGAGAAGUAAAAGAAGCAGAAGCUUCCCGUGGUGAAUGCAGCAGACUACAAGAGGUUUAUUCCCGUGCGGCUCCCGGAGAAGUUGAAGUCAUUCCAUUGAGUGGUGGUUUGAGUUCGCUAAGAGCUGCCACUGGACAAGCCAAAUAUCGACGAGUUAUGCUGACUAAUCGAGCUUAUUAUCGUCUUCGUGGUGGGCUUAGUGACGCACGAAGUUACAUUUUAGGAGGACCGAGACCGCCUGCAGCAAACGUUCCAGACGAUCUCAUUAAUCAAGUCCAGCAAGUUUUACAAGGCAAAUCUAGAGAAGUGAUCAUUCGAGAACUUCAACGAACUGGACUCAAUGUUAAUGAAGCUGUCAACAAUCUACUCUCCAGAGAUGACGGCGAUGAUCAAGAUAUCGACCUCGGUGGAGAGCAUCUCAUUCCAGAAGAGUUGCUGCAAAUAUUGGAAGGAGGCGUGCCGCCAGGAGCAAAUAGUGGUGUUUCAUCGAUUGCUGAAAGUUUUCUGGAAAGAGAAGAACGUUUGCUCGAUUCAUUGUCAUCUCGUAGUGCCGAAUUACGUUAUCACUUCGGUGGUACAUCAAGCAAGAAACCGAAGAAUAAUGAGAAAGAAAAGAAAAAGAAAGAGCCAGAGACUAAUUGGAAGAAUUGUAUGCAAUUGGAAGACGGAGUAGAGUGGUGGUGUGGACAAGAUGGAUCAGGAAUCCCGGAGCAUGCAUUAAACGAUACACAGGUCGAUGAUCAGGAGAGAAAAGCAAGUCCUAUCGUAAGCAUCACAGCCACAAGCUAUCAGAUGUAUGUUCUUCACAAAAACGGAAGACUUUAUUCGUGGGCUUGGGACGAUCCGGCUGGACAGACUUAUCCAAUGGCAAUUGUUAGAACCAAGGAACCAAGUUUUCCUGUUCAAGAAGCAAAGUUUCCUGAGAGCUCUUCAAUUGGAACUUUUCAAGAUCCCAUCGUUUUGAUGUCCUCCAGUAACUUGAGAAUAGCAAUUAUCUCAAGAAAAGGUUAUAUGGUAACCUGGUUGGAUGAUCACGGUGUAGGAGCACGGAUGUCGCUUGCUACGGAAACAAUUGCGAAAAUUCCCGAAGAGUCAAUGCUGAAAGUUCAAGAUUUAGUAACCAGUGAUCACCUGGCCGCUUUUCGAAUCGAUAGUGUCAUUCAUUGGUGUGGAAUCUUGCCUUUGAUGGAAAGCACGCGUUCGUAUGAAAAAGAUAAAGCUGAAAAAGACAAGAAGAAACAUGUAUCGUUCGGUGAAACAACGGUGACUACUGUUCCUACAACAUCGACCACCGAUUUCGCAGUUGGACAACAUGUUCAAAUGAAGAAAGCUCCGUUGUAUCCUGCUGGAAGUGUGGCUGCUCACAUUAACACUCCAAAUCCAAUGGUUCAUAAAGUCAAGAUGUUUCUAGUCAUAUUUGAUUUCUUUCAGAUCGGUGUUCUCCUGGAAGAUUGCUGGGCCGCCAAUGAACAGUGUCGUUUCCGCUGCAUGAAUCCAACUGAGUACGAUUUUGAAAUGGAAAUCGAUGGAUUCGUUAACUCCUUGAAGUCAUCUGCUCUUUCCACUGAAGCUUCUUCCAGCGAAUCUACUUCAGAAACUAAUCCAGAUUCGUCUGUGUCUCGGAAACGUCCGCUCACCGUUCAACAACCUGAAGUUCACACCAUUCCUCCAGCGGAAUUCGGAAGACGACGAGUAGAAGUUUGGCCAGUUGAAGACCUUGUCUGGAUUCACGAGCAUCGAAAAAGAGAUCUCAUGAGUGUUCAAGUGGUGGACAACAAUCUUUUGGCAGUCAAAUACUUGCCAAGUACCAACCAGACACCGAUCUUCCAAAGCAUUUUUAGUGAACGAUUGGAAAUGGAUGGAAUGCCACGUUCUGUUGAUCCUCUUCAGAGAAUCACAGAUUCUGAUAACAUGCGUUUGCUUCGGAAAGAAGAUUUGCAAAUCGUUGAUAAAUGCCCGCCACGGGCUCCAAUCAUCUUGCAGAAAGAACUUUCUAAGUUCGAUGUUGACUCAAAUCGUAUCAUUGUUUCAAUGGUCGCUGAUUUGAAUGAGCUCCGAGUUUUGGCCAGAAGCAAACACAUCGAACGAGGAAUGCAUAUGUAUCGAGUUAGCACAACGGGAAAAGUGAUAUCCAGAAGACGGGUCCCCGUUUUCUUACCGUCAGUUGAGCGUCCGAUUCCAGGAUCAACUACUCCGAAGUUGAUCACAUUUGGAGAUGUAUGUGUUAGUCUCGUAUCUCAAUUCAUGCUAUUUUUCCAGCCACGAACUCUGUUUCUUCGUGAUACUGCUGGUCAGCUGAUCCCACUUCAGCGUGAUGCUCUCAACGGGUUCCGGGAGCCACCAGCUAUGCACUCGCAGCCAAUUCUUCACAUUGCAACUUCCUGCAGGCCAACAUCUAAUAGUUUGUCAUCAUCAUCAGAGAAAAGUCUCCCAUGGCAAGGCUCGAUGCUUGUGAUUCCUGGUGUUAGCCGCCCAUGGCAUAAUACGUACAUCAAGGAUGGCUCUUCUCUGAUGCAAAUGGUUCUUUACUGUGAUUCUGAUGGUGUCAGUUUCUUCCUGGAUCGGCUGCAAGAGCUGAGAAUGAACAAUUCGAUCCCGCAAUACGAUUUCCGACAAAUUAUGAACGAACAAUUGUUCGCUGUUGGCUCUGAUUUAUGCUCGAACGUUCUUCAUGCUGCAAUCCGCUUGACAGGUGCUCAGAAGAACGCCGACGAUAGCGAUAAAGUAACACCUGAUUCAAAUUUCCCACCGCUGUUCCCAACGAAGAAUUCUGCACCACCGCCACCACCUCCACCUCAAGAUGUUGUGAUGGAAGAAGAUUCUACACAUGCACCAUCUACAGAUGACGCUGGUCCUUCAAAUGUCUCGGAAGAAGGAGGAGAAGAAGAAGAAGGAAGGUGGUCACGUGUUCUUAGAAGCAGACCCAAUAGACAAGGGCAAGUGACGCCGCACAAGAAACAAAAGAAGGAACGAAGAGCAAACUCUGAGGACAUGGAAGAUUCCGGGGAAAAUAUUUCUUUUUCUACUGGACGAUCGGAACACACUGGAAUGCCAUUUGGGUCCCCAAGACCACAAGAAGUUCGGCAGAAAUCAGCGAUGACAAUUGUGGAAACACUUCUGAAGCAUCCAGCAAUGUUUUACGACAAGGACGCGGGACAAGACGUUGAUUACAUGAACGAACCAGAUAGAUUGUCGGCUAUCAAAACACUUCUGCUCAGCCGUGACCUGAAUGGAAUGACCCCUUUCCAAUCUGCAAUCAACCAACGAGCAUACGGAGCUGCAUACACAAUCUGGAGAACAUUACUGCAACUGGACUUCAGAAGCAUGACAGAGGAACAGAAGCUGAAAUACAUAUUCCCUGGCUUUAGUGCGGAUGAAACUCAUAAUGCAGACGAUUCACCACUAUUCAUUCUUUGCUACAACGACGUUUGUUCGUUCACUUGGACAGGAGAAGACCAUAUCAACCAAGACAUUUAUGAAUGCAAAACAUGUGGAUUGACUGGAUCUUUGUGUUGUUGUUCGGAAUGUGCUCUUACUUGUCACCGAAAUCACGAUUGUCGACUGAAAAGGACAUCUCCAACUGCAUAUUGUGAUUGUUGGGAGAAGAGUAGUUGUAAGGCUCUCAUUAAUGGUAACGAAGCGAUGCGUGACUAUCUACUGAUGCAACUACUCAGCCACACCCGCCUUUACGAAUAUCCGAAUGCGCGAAACGAGCAUAUCAUGCUGUUUUUGGCUCGAACGGUUAUACGUCAGACACGCGAGCAGACAUUCUCUCAGAAACGCAGAAGUCGCUACCGUCACGUCCUACCUCCACAAUCAACGACUUCCGGAACUCCAGAGCACAAUUUGAAUCCGCCAAAGUUUGCGAAGCAAGCACUGGCUCAUUGUUGCGUUAAUCCAUAUGUGGUUGUAAAUUCGAUCAAGUUUGGAAGUAGCAAAAGAUCCGACUUCGCCACUCCCGCUGAGCUCCAUUUUGUUUUCCAAAACUCAGCUGCACACCUGGAUAAGCUAACAUUUGCCCUGUCGAACAAACAUCUUCAAGAAUACUCUAGAAAGUAUGUUGAAACGAUCCGAAAUCUACUUUCUGGUACGACAAAGCCGUUACAAUCGGACCCGGAUAUUGAGAUCUGGGCUUCCCGUUUUGUUCGUAGUCUGGUUCGAGUCCUCACAUUGGCAAUCAAUGUUUCUCCUUUGGCACCAAGCACGAUUCUAUCUCGUGAAGAUCCGGAAGGUCCUAAAGAAGCAAGAAGAGACGAGGAACGUAUUCGCCCGGGUACAUAUCAAACGUUUCAUGCUAUGGUACUCAGUAAAAAAGACAACACAAAGUUAUCCGAAAAGUCUGCAUCAUUCGUGGCAAUGGUCAACAGAAUUAUGAAUGUGUUCCAAAAGUUUCCCACAUUUGCUGUAGUCCAGUUAGCUAUCGCUGCUGAUGCGGUUUUCGAACCAGUUCGAGAUGGAAUGCUGAAACCAAUGGUUAAUCCGGCUUCAGCUGGAAGUACUAACGAUCCGUUGGACGUUCUUGAGAAAUACUUCGCCAGUGAUUUGUCGUUCGCUGAGGUGUUGAAAAAGUCGAAGAAGGAGGAAAAAUCAUAUGCAGCAGCAAAGUCAGAGUCCAAAAGAAUGCGGAGGACUAGUCGGCGGGAUACAGACCGUGAGAAUGGAUCUGAUAAUCGGGAGAGUAUGGAAGAUGAACGUUCCGCCGCUGGUGAUCGUGCAUCGGAAUCUCACGAUACAGCACGUGUUCGGAAUGAUUCUGUAGCUACUUCAACAGCAGUCGCAACUCCUCGCCGUCGACGUCUUCUAUCGGGAAAUACAACAAAUGAUACAAAUGAAGAUAAUGAGGAGAGAACUGGUCAACCGAGAGAAAUUGAGGUAGAAUCGAGCAGCUCAGAUGAGGAUAACGAUGAUGAAGAAGAUGUAGAUGAUGACGAUGAGGACGACGACGAGGACGAUGAUGACGACGAUGAUGAGGAUAGUGAGAGACCAGCGGAUGAGCGUCAAGGAGGAGAAGAUAGAGAUGACGAUGAAGCAGCUCAAAUGGACGAAAUUAGAAGAAGAGAAGAACAUAUUUCCCGUAUUGUUGAAGUGCCUGAACGAGACGAAGAAGGAGAAUGGAAUCCUUAUGACGCUGCCAGUCCAUCGCCUCGUCGUGGAGACUUCGACGACAACUCUUCUGAUUCACAAGAAGGUGGUCCACGUGAACCUGCAUUCGUAGUUGAGAAUGUUGAUCCACAGGCUGAAGGAGGUGACGCUGCAGUUGCCCCUGCUACUAUGUCGAGGCCACUGGCUGAGAACUCAACGAAUAGGUCUCGACAACGACGUAACUACGCGUACCACGAAAUUCAUCGUAGAGUUGCUGAUCCGUCUGGACAGCCGCGAAUCGAUAGAUACUAUCCUUAUCGUUUCCCACCGAGAAGCAGCUUCUUGAACAGUCGAAGAGAGGAAUCCUCCAAUUCUCAAGGCUCUUCAUCCACCACAGCAGCGAACUCCACUGGAGGAGCUCAAGACUCAGCUCCUGCUGCUUCAUCAACAGCUUCGACAUCCAAUUCGAGUAGUCAGAGUCGUCCGUCUGCUUCAACUGCUUCCGGCUCUAGUUCUUCUGCUACUGGAGGUGCUCAGGCCAAUCAGGAAUCUUCUCCAAGCUCCAAAAAGUCACCUGAACACACCGAUCAACCAACACUUGAAACAGCUCGCGAACAACUUGCACUGACAUUCAGUGUUCUUGUUCGAGCAGGAUGUGAUAUUCUUGAGAACAUGGUUCGACCAGGAAUGGCUAAUCGCGUACCACUGAAUGAAAAUGCAAAGCGUUCACAUUUGAAGGCAAAACAAGUAUUCGGUGAGAUUCUACACGAGACGUUCCGUUGGAUGGGAAGAGUUUUCGAAUCAACUGAAGCUAGAAUAAAUUUCAAUACGUCUUUCGAGAAAUCGCUGUUCCGUCCCGUUUCACCUAAUUGGGAUGAUAAAAGAGGACGGAAAGAAGCAAUGAACUACGUUCAUUCUUUAUUGCGAUUGGCUGUGGACGAUGCAAAGGAUGCUUUGGCUCAUGUUGAGGUUGAAAUGCUGUAUCCUGUUGCACUCGUAGCCGAUGCUUACUUCCAAUUUUUGAAUUGCAGUGUUGAGAAACCAAUUGAGCUCAAACAGAUCAUCGAUAACUAUGAAGACAGCCGUCGUCGUGAAUACCGAGAAAAGUGUGAACAGACUGAUCGUGAUUUGAUUAUUGGCUUUUUCAUGAGACCUGUGUCGUUGAGUUGGCCCGGACAUCUACACGACGGAGCCUGGGACACGAUCUCAGGACGUCAUAAUGUUCUACGAACAUUGAAGUUUGAAGAAGAGUGUCCAAUGAUUGGAGGACCCAAGAUUCUUACGAUGAGUUCGAAAGCUGAGGAAUUGUUCCGAGAACCAAAUUUGGAUGAUGCGAAGAGACAAACAUCAAGUUACUUGAAUGAUCCUAUCGAAGAGUACACCUACAAGAUUCUCGAUCGCCCAUUUGAAUAUCGGUGCCCAGGCACAAGUCUCGCAAUUGUUUCGCAUCGUCGUAGAAUGGAACAUGAUUUCAUCAAUUUCACUCGGGAAUUUUAUCAUGAAAAAGAGAUUCCUAAAAAUGAUCACAGGAAUUUCUUUACACAAGCCGAGAUAUUCCCUGGAUUCGUCGCUAAAAACGAGGACGCUGUUUCGAAAUUCAAGGAUAACCUUCUCACGCAUUCGUGUGAACGAGAGAAUCUGUUCUUCUCAAAAUGGCAGAAAACUUUGAAAGUAAUUGGAUCUCGCUUCUACGAUAGACUGACUGAAGCACUGGGAACCGACGUCGCUUUUGAGCAUUCUAUAAUGCUUCGAAGACUGGCUUCUUUUGAAACAAAGUACCAACUGUUCAACAAAGCAACAGAAAAGUACCGAACACAACACUCCAAUGUCAAAGAAAUUGUUUUGGACGUACGAAGAGAAUCCGCCAGUCUUUUCCGAGACACGAUGAUUCAACUCAGUGGAUUGUAUUCCAAGAGGAUGGCAUCAGUUCGUUUGGUAGAUACGCCGUUAGCUGGAACUCGACUCCGUGUUCAUUUCAUUGAUGAGCCAGGAGAGGGAACAGGUGUCACUCGUAGUUUCUAUACUGCAUUUGCUGAAUCCUGUAUGGAAGAAGUGGCUCCAUUCGAAACUGAUAUUGCGCAUGAGAAAGUGCUUCUCGCUCAAGCUGUUCAGAAGAACGACUGCGAAAACGGUAAGAGUUGUUCUUAUGAAACGACCAAAAUACGGGCCAAAUCCCGUCGAGAGCAAGCUCUCCGUUUAAAGACUCACAUUCAUCGCCUCAACACUUUCCAACUCGACUUGUCAGCUGCCCGAUUUGAUAUCAAAGGCAAAACCACAUGGGACAAAAUUCUGCCAGAUCGUUCGGCAGAGUCAACACCUGCCAUUCCAGCCUAUUGGAGUGAUCAUGAGGAAACACUCCAAAAAAUCUAUAACAUAAUAACUGAAUUCCAAAUCGAUGAAAAGUGCAUUGGGAGAGUGUUGGGAAUCAUGUGUCAACUUCCGUAUGAUGUUUUCCUGAGUGCCGUUCACAAUGAUGACACUUUGCGUAUUCAUAUUCAAAGAGUUUUGGCAGAAUUGCGUGCUGAUGGCGAAAUCGAUGAGAACGUACAAGUCGCCCGACCACCACAACCACGAAAUGAUGAAGAGCGGUAUGCAGCUGUAGCUGGAGCGGCGGAGUAUCAGAUGGAUAAACUGUUCGAGAAGGCACCAUAUGGAGAAUGUUACGUUCCGAAAAUUGGAAACGGUUCUACUUUGAGAAUCGCCGCGUUUAGAACUGUUGGUCGAAUCAUGGGAAUCUGCCUUUCCCAGGGAGAUAUCUUCCCGCUGAGAUUUGCUAGACAUGUUUAUUCUUUCAUUUUGAAACAACCAAUUUGUUGGCUUGAUCUUGGCUUCUACGAUCCAACACUUUUCAACAAUCUCCGUUCGCUUCUCCAAACGAAUUUCAAAGAACAACCCGAGCUGGACACUGAUUUCACCUACAACGAGGUGACAGCUGGCGAUAAAAGCACUGUUGUCUCUUUGAAACCAAACGGAGAAAACAUUAUGGUGAACCAGGAUAAUGUUGUGGAGUUUGUAUACAAAUACGCUGAACGAGUUCUUGUUGGAAAACGAAUUGCUGCUUUCGAAGCCAUGAGAGAAGGCAUUUUGGAUGUGAUUCCGGAGAAUAUGCUCAAUGGAUUGACACCGGAAGAUCUCAGAUUGAUUAUCUGUGGAAUCGAAUCGGUUUCCAUCAGUGUUCUACAAGCAAACACCUCUUUCCUUGAUGAGAGUCGUGCUUCUCAAGAAACACUGAACCGUUUCAAGCAAUGGUUCUGGCAAGUUAUUGAAUCAUUCACUCCACAAGAAAAGCAAGAUCUCGUGUUUUUCUGGACCGGCUCUCCAUCGCUUCCUGCAACCGGGAAAUGGCAAAGUUCUGCCAGUGUGAUGCUCCGCCCACAAGAAGACAUUUUCCUUCCAACUGCGAAUACCUGUAUCUCUCGUCUCUAUGUUCCAGUCUACUCAUCUAAGCGGAUGCUCCGUUCGAAGCUAUUGGUAGCUAUCAAAGCCAGGAACUUCGGAUUUGUCUGA